UUGAUCCACAUUUUGGGAGCUGACCUAAAUAAGUUCAAAGAAGAUCUACAGGAUAAGGAAGAAUGGGCGCGGGCCAAUAAUGUGGAAAUAAAAGGGAUUCCAGUGAAAAAGUCCGAGAACUUAUACGAUAUUGUGGACAAUAUCAGUAAAGUUAUCCAGUGUUCUAAACGUAAAGAAGACAUCAAUUAUGUUGCCCGAGUCCCCAGUCUUAAAGCAGAGUCUCAAAAGUCCAUAAUAUUGGCGCUCAACAAUCGUUACUGCAAGGAAGAGUUUGUAGCAGCUGCGCGUAAACAUAAGGAACUCAAAAUUUCUCAACCGGGAUACGCCGAUGAAGGCCAUGUUUGUGUCAACGACCAUCUCACGCUAUUUAAUAAAUCUCUUCUUAAAAAGGCGAAGGAUCUGGCGAAAACAAAAAUCUUCAAAUAUGUGUGGAUAAAACAUUGCAAGAUUCUGAUCCGAAAAUCCGACACAUCACCGACGUUCCGCAUAAAAUCAAAAAAGAUCUUCUAA